UCAGCUUUCAAGAUUUCACCAACAAUAACACCAACAACAAAUCAAUCUCUCCCCUUAAAUUCUCCAUUUUCUUCUUCUUUCAUUUUUAUUAUCUCUCAGGAUUUCUCAAAGAAUCCUGUGAAUAAUCAACAACAACAAUGGGUAAUCCUCCUUCUACAGCUAAAAGUUCUUCGAUGGUCGACCGUGAUGGGAAAAGUAAAGAGAAAGAUCCGCUUGUGGUUUGCUUUGGCGAGAUGUUGAUUGAUUUUGUUCCAACUGUGGGUGGAGUUUCACUUGCAGAAGCACCAGCAUUUAAGAAAGCACCAGGUGGAGCUCCUGCUAAUGUUGCUGUUGGAAUAGCAAGGCUUGGAGGUUCAGCAGCAUUUGUUGGAAAGGUUGGGGAUGAUGAGUUUGGACAUAUGUUGUCCGACAUCUUGAAGCAAAACAAUGUGGAUAAUUCUGGAGUCUGUUUUGACUCCAAAGCAAGAACUGCACUGGCAUUUGUGACACUGAGAGCUGAUGGUGAACGCGAGUUUAUGUUUUUCCGCAAUCCAAGUGCAGAUAUGCUUCUCCGUGAAUCAGAACUUAAUAAAGACCUUCUGAAGAAGGCAUCCGUCUUUCACUAUGGCUCUGUGAGUUUGAUUGAGGAACCAUGUAGGUCAACACAACUCGCUGCUAUGAAGAUAGCUAAGAAGGCUGGUUGUAUCCUCUCUUACGAUCCAAAUUUGAGAUUGGCGCUGUGGCCAUCACCUCAAGCUGCUAAGAAAGAAAUCAUGAGCAUUUGGGACCAAGCAGAUAUCAUUAAGAUUAGUGAGGAAGAAAUUUCAUUCUUGACUGAUGGAGCUGAUCCUUAUGAUGAUAAUGUUGUUUUAAAGAAGCUAUUUUACCCUAAUGUUAAGCUUUUGCUGGUCACCGAAGGAUCCGAGGGCUGCAGAUAUUAUACCAAGGAAUUUAAGGGCAAGGUUGGUGGUGUUAAAGUUAACUGUAUUGAUACAACUGGUGCUGGUGAUGCAUUUGUGAGUGGGCUGUUGAACAGUUUUUCUGCUGACCUAAAUCUCCACAAGGACGAGAAGAAAUUGAGAGAAGCUCUUUUGUUUGCAAAUGCCUGUGGAGCACUCACGGUCACAGAAAGAGGUGCAAUUCCUGCCUUGCCUACGAAAGAAGCUGUAAUUCAGGUCUUACCGAAAGUUGAAGCAUGAGAUCCCACUCAGUUCUUUUUAUUUGCUCGUCUUUUCAAAAUGCUAUAACCAGUUAAGGGACUCCUGGAAUGUAACUAGCAUUAGUAAUCAUUCGAUCAAUCUUCUUUCCAUUUUGUCUCUUCUUUCCCUAUCACUCAUUUUGCUUAAAUGAACGAUCUGGGGCUAAGCCCUGCUCGACAAUUCAGAGUUGUGCAUGUAGAACCUUAUCAUCUGCUCUUGUUGUUUACCUGCGAAGUGUAUAUUUGAAUAUUAUAAAUAAACCUUUGAAUUAACUAGUCAGAUGUAAUUGAUUGAAGUUGCUAGUCAUGCCUU